ACCGAUAUAUAAGAAGACAGCCAAUAUCCUACAUCAUGUCUUACCGUGCUGGCCCCGAUCUCGCCAUAUUCUUACGGGCUUGCUUUCCUCCUAUCAAAAAUUUCAACUUCUAAUGGCACUUUGUUCAUCCAACACGCUUCUUCCUUUCAAGAAACAUGAAAUUUUCCGGUCCGAUCACUGUCUCUCUUUGCAGCUGAGACGAUCGAACUCUGUAGAUUUCGCUGCUAAUAAAACACCUGCCCUGCCCCGAGUCUUCUCCAGAACAAGCGAGUCAUUGUCUUCCAUUAUUACAGAGCUCCAAAAAGAGCAUGAGUUUGAUGAUUACACAACUAGCACUAAGCAACCAGAGAGAAAAUUGGCAGAUGUGUGGAGAGAAAUCCAUGGCCAAGAUGACUGGGUGGGCUUGCUCGAUCCGAUGGAUCAUUUUCUACGGUCAGAACUAAUCCGAUAUGGCGAGAUGGCACAAGCUUGCUACGACGCUUUCGAUUACGACCCAUAUUCCAAGUAUUGCGGAAGCUGUAGAUUCAUACGCCGUAGAUUUUUUGAGUCACUGGGAAUGACACAUCAUGGCUAUGAAGUCACUAGAUAUCUCUACGCUACAACGAAUAUCAACCUCCCCAACUUUUUCAAGCAGUCGCGGUGGCCAAAACUGUGGAGCAGCAAAGCCAACUGGAUCGGAUACGUCGCCGUAUCCAACGACGAAACCUCAAGGCGUUUAGGGCGCCGCGACAUCACCAUUGCCUGGAGGGGCACGGUGACGCGGCUAGAGUGGAUUGUUGACUUAAUGGACUUUCUGAAACCUAUUAACGGAAACAAAAUCCCAUGCCCAGAUCCAACCGUGAAGGUCGAAUCCGGGUUCCUGGAUCUCUACACGGACAAAGACGAGAACUGCCGGUUCUGCAAGUUUUCAGCUAGAGAACAGAUAUUGACAGAGGUAAAACGGCUGACAGAAAUGUACGCUACCGAGGAAGUGAGCAUCACCAUAACUGGCCACAGCCUAGGCAGCGCCCUAGCCAUAUUAAGCGCGUAUGAUAUUGUCGAAACAGGUUUGCACGUGAUGCAAGACUGCCGAGCACUACCUGUCUGUGUGUUAUCGUUUUCGGGUCCUCGGGUCGGGAAUACGAGAUUUAAGGAGCGAAUAGAGUCGCUGGGUGUAAAAGUGUUGAGGGUGGUGAAUGUGCAUGAUGUAGUGCCUAAAUCGCCAGGGUUUUUAUUCAAUGAACAAGUGCAUCCCAUUUUGAUGAAGUUGGCUGGAGGAUUGCCUUGGUGUUACUCUCAUGUUGGGGUGGAGCUGGCUCUGGAUCACAAUAACUCUCCCUUCUUGAAAGAAACUAAUGACCCGGUUUGUGCCCAUAACUUGGAGGCUCACCUGCAUUUGCUUGAUGGAUACCAUGGAAAAGGGCAUAGAUUUGUGCUGGCAAGUGGAAGGGACCCUGCAUUGGUGAACAAGGCUUCAGACUUCCUGAAAGAUCAUUAUUUGGUUCCACCAUUCUGGAGGCAAGAUGAGAACAAAGGAAUGGUCAGGAAUAACGAUGGCCGCUGGGUGCAACCUGAACGCCCUAAACUUGACGAUCACCCUUCUGACAUGCAUCACCAUCUCCACAAAUUAGGCCUUAUUAAUCACCCUGUCCCUGCAGAUAAGCCGAUUAUGGGUUAAUUGCUUGUUAUAGGAUAUAUAUACUAAACUGAUAUAUAUCCCAAACUGAUGUAAAUAUGAAGAAAAUAAUAUAUAUAUAUAUAUAUA